AUGGUUAAAGACACUACAUACUAUGAUAUUCUUGAAGUAGAGGUAACGGCCACCGACCUUGAAUUAAAAAAGGCGUACAGGAAGAAGGCAAUCAAGCUUCAUCCUGAUAAGAAUGCCAACGACCCGGAAGCUGCGGCCAAGUUCCAAGAACUAGGUGAAGCUUACGGAAUUUUGCAAGAUCCCAACUCAAGAGCAGCUUAUGAUGAGUUUGGGGUAGAGGGUAUGAAAGCGGAAGGUUCUGGCGUGGCCAAUGACAUAGAUCCUUCGGAAUUCUUCACGCAAGUGUUCGGAGGUGAUGGAUUUAAAGAUUGGAUUGGUGAGUUAUCAAUGAUGAAUGAAAUGAGCCAGCAAGCUGAAGUAUUGGCUGAAGAGGAAGGUGAGGGUAGCGAAACUACCUCCACUACUGAUGCUACCACGGCUGCCGAUGCUUUCUCCUCCCAAGCUUCUACCCCAACCAGUGCUGCAGCUGGCACUCCAGCUGCUACUGCUAAUGUCGCAAGCAGUACCACCGAUAUUUCGACUGUUAGCGGAAGUAGCACGGCUGCCGGAGGAAGUUCGACACACGUUGAUACUUCCAAACCUUCGGAAGUCCCCUCGAAGCAAGAAAACCCAAUGUCUGCUGCCUCCAUCAAGAAGAAGAAGGCAAAGCUCAGCCAGAAGCAACGUGAUGAAAUCAUCCGCAUACACGAGGAAAACAAAAAGGCCAAGCUUGAAAGGAUCAACACUCUUGCCGCUAAUCUUCUCUCCAGGGUCGAAAAGUAUGAAUCCACUUAUAAGUCCCCAGAAGCUCUUCAGGCUUUUACCAAGCUGUUGGCUAUUGAAUUUGAAGACUUGAAGAUCGAAAGUUUUGGGAUUGAAUUACUUCACCUUAUUGGAAAAAUCUAUGUCGACCAGGCCACCGCAACCUUAAACUCCCUUAAAUCAUUUGGUGUCACCAAGUUCUACCUGUCUGUCAAGACCAAAUCAAACACUAUCAAGAACGGAUAUGGGAUCUUGAAGAGUGCACUCCAAACGCAAACCAUGAUUCAAGAAUUAAUGAAGGAGCAAGAAUAUUUAGAAACGAAAGCCGCUAUGGGAAUUGAAUUGACCGUAGAUGAGAGGGCCAGACAAGCAGAGAUGGAAAGAUUGUUAACUGGUAAAGUUGUCGCAACGGCGUGGGCCCUGACCAAAUUCGAAGUUACCAGCGUAUUAAAUAAGGUUGUAGAUAAAGUUUUGAAUGACAAGGGAGUGCCUAAAAAAGAAAGAUCCAUAAGAGCACAUGGGGUCAAAUUCUUAGGUGAGCUUAUGAGCAAGGUUGAAAGAUCCGCCGAAGAAGCUGAGGAAGCUCAGAUCUUUGAAGAGAUGAUGGCGGAAGCUAAUGCUAAGAAGUCUAAUAAGAAGGGAGGUAAGGGAAAGAAAGUGAGCGACAAGGAAAUUGAAGAGAUAUUGAAACAAAUGGAAGAAGUUGAAGUUAAAAAGGAAGACGUCUAA